AUGGCGGAGAAACCGUCGGUGUUGAUCAUCGGCGGGCUCGGCUACAUUGGCCGGUUCCUGGCCCUCCACAUCCACGAGAACAACCUCGCGUCCGAAGUGCGCAUCGUCGACAAGGUGCUCCCGCAGUUGGCAUGGCUGCCGCCCGACUUUGAGGAGGCUUGCGCCGGGCCCAAGUUUGUGCAGGCUGAUGCCAGCAGAGAACAAUCCCUUCCCAGGAUAUUCGACCGCGCCGACGGGAAAACGUGGGACUAUGUCUUCAACUGCGGCGGCGAGACUCGCUACUCGCAAGAGGAUGAGGUGUACAAGCUGCGGUCGCUCAACCUCUCGCUCACGGUGGGCCGGGAGGCGGCUAAGCGAGGCGUCAAGUGCUUCGUCGAGCUGAGCACGGGGAUGGUCUACAAGCCGGACUCUGUCCCGAGCAAGGAGAACGACAAGUUAAAACCGUGGAGCAAAAUCGCCGUCUUCAAGCUGCAAGCGGAAGAGGAGCUAGCAAAAAUUGAGGGGUUAAACCUCGCCGUCGUACGGCUGCCGCACAUCUAUGGCCCCUAUGCGUCGCAGUGGGUCGCAACCGCGCUGUGCAUGGCGCGGGUGUACAAGGCGCUCGAGUCCGAGAUGAAGUGGCUGUGGACAAAGGACCUGCGCACAAACACGGCGCACAUCCACGACGCGGUGCGCGCGCUCUGGGCAGUCGCCGGCUGGUAUGUCGCCGGCAAGGACAAGUGGGACGCCAAGACGAUGGGCAACCCGGUCCCGACGUUCAACGUGGUUGACAAGGGCGCCACCACACAGGGCGCCAUGGCCGAUAUCAUCGGCCAGGUAUUCGGCAUCGAGACGGGCUUCCAGGGGCAACUCAUCAGCACCUUUGCCAAGCUUAACCUGGACAGCGUCGUGGAUGACGUGAAUGACGAGUUGCUGGGUCCGUGGGCCGAUCUGCUUGCGGAGGCUGGCAUCACACGACCCGGGCCGCUGACGCCAUUCAUGGAGAGGGAGUUGCUUAAGGACACAGACCUCAGCAUGGACGGGUCGAGGUUAGAGGAGGUUGUCGGAUUCUCGUACGAGAAGCCCAAGAUCACCAAGGAGCUGGUGGAGGAGGUAAUUGAGAGCUACAAGAAGAUGAAGUGGUGGCCUUGA